AUGGGCCUCCUGCUCUCUUUGCCUCUCGCCGGCGUGUUUGGUACGGUUGGGUCAUCAUGCCUGGCUGGCCUCGCCUUCUGCUUUACGUCUACCGCAGCUUCCAUGUUCUGCAAGUCAUGCAAUUGUAACUCUUCUAUCGCGACGCGCGUUGGAUUUGCUAUGAUCUUCUGCUUGAACUCCAUGCUCGCAUGGCUCAUGAAGUCACCACUUAUCAUCGAACAAAUUGAGAAGAUCACCCAUGGGUAUCUCAAGAUGGAAUGCGAGGACGAUAAGUGUUACGGUGUCCUUGCGGUUCACCGCAUCUGUUUCGCCCUCUCCCUCUUCCAUCUCUUCCUUGGUUCCUCCCUUGUCGGUGUGCGAGACACCAAAGACAAGCGUGCGGCUAUUCAGAAUGGUUGGUGGGGUCCCAAGGCCCUCUUCUGGCUUGUCCUCCUUGUCGUCUCCUUCUUCAUUCCCAACGCAUUCUUCAUGUUCUGGGGCAACUAUGUUGCUCUCAUCGGCGCCACAAUCUUCAUCCUCCUCGGCCUCGUCCUCCUCGUCGACUUCGCGCACACCUGGUCCGAGACCUGCCUCGAGAACUGGGAGAACUCGAACUCGAACAUGUGGCAGUGGAUCCUCAUCGGCUCUACCGCCGGGAUGUACAUCGCCGCGAUCACCAUCACCGCCGUCCUCUUCGCGUUCUUCGCCGGCCCCGACUGCGGCCUGAACCGCUUCUUCAUCGGCUUCAACCUCGCGCUCUGCGUGCUCAUCACCAUCCUCUGCGUGCACCCGGCCGUGCAGGAGGCGAACCCGCGCUCGGGGCUCGCGCAGAGCGGCAUGGUCGCCGCGUACUGCACCUACCUCGUCAUGUCCGCCGUCGGCAACCACGCGCACGCGAGCUGCAACCCGCUCCACGGCGCGACGGGCACGAAGAACACGACGAUCUUCCUCGGCGCCGCGUUCACCUUCCUCGCGAUCGCGUACUCGACCAGCCGCGCCGCGACGCAGAGCCGCGCGCUCGUCGGCAAGGACAAGAGGGGCGCCAUCGCGCUCCCCGCGGACGGGGAGCACCACGCCGAGCUUGGGGUCGUGAACGCGCAGCCGGGUCGGACGGAGACGCCGCGGUACCAGGCGCUGCUUGCGGCUGUUGAAGCUGGUGCCAUCCCCGCGUCUGCUCUGGAGGAAGAGUUGUACGGAGACGAGGACGAUGAUGAGCCUACUGGCGAGGCCCACGAUGAUGAGCGAACCGGGACACGGUACAACUACACUUGGUUCCACUUCAUUUUCGCCAUCGGCGCGAUGUAUGUCGCCAUGCUGCUCACGGACUGGAACGUCGUCAAGCCGGAAACGAGCCCGGACGGUCACAGCGACGUGUACAUUGGCCGCUCCGAAGUCGCCAUGUGGAUGCGGAUCGUGUCGAGCUGGGUGUGCAUGGUGCUCUACAUGUGGAGCCUGCUCGCGCCGGUGAUCAUGCCCGACAGGUUUGGCGACUACUGA